AUGAGCUUAGUUAAACGGGACUCAUCGCGCAAUGGCUUGAAAAGGUGCUUAACCGCAAGCAAAAAGGCUGAAUCCCUUGAUCAACCAGACAUUGAGUCAUACCUCGUCAUUUUGGGCGACCAUUGGAGCAAUUUCUUGCUUGCCCAAGAAGCGGUGGAGCUCUCUUGCGGCGAGGACACCAUUCAAGACCAAGAGUCUGAAAGGGAGCAGGGAGAGCAAUGGUAUCGAGUAGCCCUCGCCAACUUCAAUAGGGCAUUAGCGAAGGUAAGAACAAAUAUUGAACCCCAUAAUGAAAAUGCACCCGCACCAACACGCGCCAAUAUCAAACUCCCGCCUUUGGGUCUUCCCAAAUUUUCUGGGGAAGCAAAAGAUUGGAGGCCGUUCCAUGAUGCAUUCGUCUCCGUUGUACACUCCGUUGACACGUUGUCAGGCGCACAAAAAUUGCAAUAUUUACGAUGUUCCUUGGCAGAUAGUGCGCGCGCCUUGCAAAUAAUUAAUGGGCUUCCCAUUACAAACAAUAACUACCAAGAAGCUUGGAGUCUGCUCAAGAAACGCUAUGAUGUACAACGUGUGCUAAUCGAUGCUCAUUUUCGCGCCCUCUUCUCAUUGAAGAAACUCAACAAUGAGUCAUCAUCCGCUUUGAGGCAUCUAGUUGAUACUAUUCAAGAGCACUUCCAGAGUCUCAAGGCUUUAGGCAGACCUGUAACAAAUUGGGAUGACUGGCUGGUACAUUUAACGGUCAGUAAGCUAGACGCCGAAACUCACAGGCAAUGGGAAUUAUCAUUUACUGAAGACACUGUUCCCAAAUUCGAUGAUUUAGUGACUUUUCUUGAAAAAAGAUGUCGUAGCUUGGAUGCAAUUGACUCAUAUCAAAAGCCUGCCGCAUUUAAAGCAACACCACAAAGAGGUAAGCCAAACAAACCUUUUUCUUCUCUUCUUGCAUCAUCCGCAGCACAAGAACAAAACCAAAAUACACCUGCGAAGUCAUCAGCUGAUUCAUGUUCAGUUUGCUCCAGCAACCACAAGAUUUUCGCCUGUGACAAGUUUCGCGCGUUUGAUGUAAAAAAGAGAAUUGGUUUUGUCAAAGACAAUAAACUGUGCACAAACUGCCUUGGAUCUGGGCAUUUAGAUGAGAAAUGCCGCAGCGCUAACACCUGCCGCACGUGUCGCAUACGUCAUCAUUCGCUUCUACACGAUGAUUCGCCAUCUACGUCCAGCAAAAUACCAUCAAACUAUUCGCAAUCUUAUUGCUCAAUAUCAGAACAUCAAGUGCUUUUAGGCACGGCUAUUGUCGACAUCCUUGACAAUUCUGGACGAUAUCAACCAGCCCGAGUACUUUUCGACAAUGGAUCUCAUCUCAGUUUCAUAACUGAAAAUUGUAUGCGUAGAUUGAAACUUAAAAGAUCUCCAAAAACAACAAUGAUACAAGGAAUUGGUGCCACAACAGCUGGAAGUUCCAAGGGUGAGGUUCAACUCCAGGUUUCAUCAACUGAUCACAGCUUUUCUACCACCAUAAUCGCUCAAGUUCUACCUAAACUCACGAACAUGCUUCCUCCGGUCCACAUCUGUCGACAAAACUGGUCACACCUAAUGUCACUUAAUCUCGCUGACCCACAUUUCGGCACACCAGCUUCCAUCGAUAUUUUAGUCGGAGCCGAUGAAUUAGGACAAUUCCUUUGCACAGGGUUAAUCAAAGGCCCCACUGGAACACCUAUGGCACAACAAUCUACACUGGGAUGGAUUCUUUUCGGCAAAAUACACAACUCCGCAACAGUCGAUACAACGAUAUUACCCGCAACACUCGCUUCUACUGUAUCACCCGCAACAAUGACCACAACCGCAUCAUCCGCUUUUUCUACUACCGCAGUUGCUGCAUCAGAAACCGCAAUUUCCGCUUCUACCGCAAAAACCCCAUCAAUGAACACAUCUACCGCACUCAACUCAGCAGUAUGCUUGUUUUGUAACACCGCACUUACCAAGGCUGUUACAAAAUUUUGGCAAAUUGAAGCUCUACCUGAAAUCAAACAUCUUUCAAUCGAAGAAUUAACAUGCGAAAAGAUUUUUGAAAAGACUCAUUAUCGCCAAGAAGAUGGGCGAUACGUUGUCAGACUACCAUUCAAAUCCGAUUGCCCUCUCGGCAAUUCACGAAAUGCUGCAAUUCGAGCUCUACAACGCAUGGAGGCUCUAUUCCUGAAAGAUGAAUCCCUAAAAGAUCAAUAUAGGAAUUUCAUCCAAGAGUUUAUUGACCUUGGUCACAUGGAAAAAGUUAAUCAUCAAGCUGUCCCUGGUAAGCAUUAUUACAUGCCUCAUAGAGCCGUCUUCAAGGAAACAAGCACAACGACUAAGUUGAGAGUCGUUUUCAACGCGUCUUGCCGCACUACCACCGGGUUUUCGCUUAAUGACACCCAAAUGGUCGGUCCACAGCUUCAACCUGAACUUUACUUGGCUUUAAUACGAAUGCGGACCUACCGGUUUGCUAUGAGUGCUGACGUGACCAAAAUGUAUCGCCAGGUAAGAAUGCAUAAAGAACACAUCGACUACCAACGUAUCGUUUGGCGAAAUUCACCCAAAGACGACAUCGAAGAAUAUCGAAUUCUGACCGUCACAUAUGGUGUCGCUUCUUCAUCCCAUCUCGCUGUCAAAUCAUUACAACAAGUCGCUUUAGACGAAGGUCAAAACUCUCCUGCUGCAGCAAACGCCAUCAUGAACCAUUUUUAUAUGGAUGACCUUCUGACUGGCUGCCAUGAAGAAGAAGAUUUGCAAAGGCUUCAGGUAGACGUAUCCACCAUCCUAGCUAAAGGAGGGUUUUCACUACGUAAAUGGUCUUCGAAUUCUGCUCUCGUCAUAAAUUCUCUGCCAGACCAUCAUCGUGAACUCCUCCAGCCAUUAGACUUAUCAGACGCAGAUGGAGUUCGAACUCUAGGACUUCAGUGGGACCCAUCGUUUGACAAAUUAUCUUUCUCAGUCAAAACUUUUGAGGUAAGAACAUCCAAGUUAACAAAACGUUUACUACUUUCAGAAGCCACAAAAUUGUUCGACCCCCUUGGCCUUCUCGCCCCAACAACAAUCAUUCCUAAAAUGCUAUUUCAACGCCUUUGGCAACCCAGGGUUGAUUGGGAUGAAGCAGUGCCACAGGACGUCAACCGACAAUGGCUUCACUACACCGAACAUAUAGCAGAACUAGCAAAAAUCAAAAUUCCACGGUGGGUAGGGUUAGGAAUCCCCAAUGCAACAUCCGACCUGCAUGGUUUCGCUGACGCCUCGCAAAACGCUUACGCCGCCGCCCUAUAUAUUCGCACAGUCACAUCAAAUGGGGACAUCACUGUUCAACUAGUGACAGCAAAAACAAGGGUCGCUCCUUUGAAAACGACAACACUUUCCUUGCCCCGCCUGGAGUUAUGCGCAGCCGCUCUAUUAGCCAAAUUAGUUUCAACAAUACAACCAACUUUAGGAACCAACAUCCGUCAUGUCUUUGGGUGGACAGAUUCAACAAUAUGUCUCGCUUGGAUUCGACAAUUUCCUGGCAAGUGGUGUACUUUUGUGGCAAAUCGAGUCUCACAAAUCCAACAAGUAAUACCACCCGAAAAUUGGUACCAUGUUCCAACUGCCCAAAACCCAGCUGAUUGUGCAACCAGAGGCAUAACUCCAGAUAAUUUGUCCCAAUUUUCCCUUUGGUGGAAUGGUCCCUCUUGGCUGCGCCUACCUGAGUCAUCUUGGCCCCCUCAAGAAAUCUACUCAACCAUCUUGGACCAACGUUCUGAACCUGUCAACAUCGCAACUACUUCCAACCCACCGCCGAUGUAUGAACUAAUAAAUCGCUAUUCGUCACUCACAAAAUUGAAGCGUAUUGCUGCAUACCUUUUAAGGUACAAGUACAAUCUUCAACAAGCCGCGCUAAUACGCAAAGAAAAAGAAGCUACACCCUUUCGAAAUCAUCAUCUUCGACUUUUUGAAUUGGACGAAGCUCUUCUCUUCUUGGUAAAACUAACUCAAGAACUUUUCUUCAAUGACGAUAUCAAACGCCUCGAAUCCAACAAACCUGUCUCAUGUCACAGUAAGUUACUAAGACUCCACCCUUUUUUGGACGAAAAAGGAAUGCUGAGAGUUGGAGGUCGACUUACAAACACAUCCUUAUCACCAGACAAAAAGUAUCCCCUUCUACUACCGAAGACAUCAAAAAUCACAAAACUCAUCUGUGACGACAUUCAUCGCAUUACACUUCAUGCAGGUUCGCAAUUAAUGCAAGCAACGCUACAAAGCCGCUUUUGGGUCAUCAACGCUCGUAGUGUCUUGAGAAAGAUUUCUCUAUCCUGCAUCAAAUGUCGUCGACAAACCCAUCAUCUUCAAAGACAACUCAUGGGUGACUUGCCUAGACCUCGAGUAACAGCAUCUAGACCUUUCCUGAGUAGUGGUGUCGAUUUCGCUGGACCUGUUUACCUACGAAUGUCAAAAGGUCGAGGAGCUAAAGCUAUGAAGGGAUACAUUUCGGUAUUCAUUUGUAUGGCAACUGGUGCAAUGCACCUAGAGCUCGCUAGCGACCUUUCUUCGGCUACUUUCAUAUCCGUUUUCAAACGUUUCGUAUCUCGUCGAGGCCACUGUAAAGACCUUUACAGUGAUAACGGAACGAACUUUGUUGGUGCCGAAAAAGAGCUCAAGCUAUUACUCUCUGAAGCUUGCAAGGACGAAAUACUAGCUCAUUAUCUUUCUGAAGAUGGAACGGACUGGCAUUUCAAUCCUCCAGCAGCUCCUCACAUGGGCGGCUACUGGGAAGCUGCUGUGAAGCGAGUUAAAUUUCAUCUACGUCGCACACUUGGUGAACAUCUUCUUACUUACGAAGAAUUUUCAACUUUAUUGGCCGAAAUCGAAGCUUGCGUCAACUCGAGACCACUGUGUCCCAUUUCAUCAGACGUUAAUGACUUGGCAGUUCUCACGCCUGGUCAUUUUUUGAUCGGAGAACCACUCAAAACAAUCCCAGAACCCGAUGCUAAAUAUUUUGAAGGCAAUCUUUUGAACAGCUGGCAUCGCAUUUCUAACUUACGUCAGCACUUCUGGAAACGAUGGAGUUCUGAAUAUCUCAUCCAGCUUCAGCAACGUUCCAAGUGGAAUCGAUCCUAUCCUAACUUGAGUAUAGGUGACCUAGUCGUCAUACGUGAUGAAAACUUGCCCCCAACCAAAUGGAAACUUGGUAGAAUCGCUAGCACUCACCCUGGCGACGAUGAUAAGGUACGUGUCGUUACAAUUAAGACAUCUGAUGGUUGUCUCACUCGACCAAUUGUAAAAGUUUCACCACUGUUAUCUAUCGACAAUGAUUGGAAUUGA